GGCUACCAAGGAAUAGUUAUUUUUCUCUUUGCUUGAAUCAACUCCGAAUGAUACCACUUUCAAACAAUUUUUAAACAUGUCUAAGGCUGGAAAACGUGUAAAAAGUGGAACAGCACCACAAGGAGGAUCUAAAUGGGAUAUUGCUUUGCAAUCAACGCCAUUAGAAGAGGAGAAUUGGAAAUCAAAUAUAACUUUUGUGGUUGGGAAUUCACCAGAGGAUUAUUCACAUAUAAAAUUAUUGGGACAAGCUGUUUUAGGUGGUACUAGAAAAUUGUUUAGUCUUAUUAGUAAAGACGAUUUGAUACAAGAGGUGCAAGAUCUUGGAAAUCCAAAAGUUAAAAAGACCAAAGAAAAUCCUCAAAAUUUUGAAAUUUGUGAGGCAUGUAAAUUACAUCUUGAUCUUGGAGAUGAGAUACCUCUACCUCUACUGGCCAAGCUCAUCAAAUACAGACUACUGAAUAUUAAACAAAAAGAUUUAAAAAGACGGGAGCUUGAAAAGAAGGCAAAUGCACCAGAGGCUGCAUCAGGUCAAGAUAAAGGGAAAAAAGAUAAAGGUGGUAAAGACAGAGGAAAGUCACCCAGUAAAAAAGGUGGUAAAAAGACACCUGAACCUCCAUCAGCUAAAGAAGGCAGUAAACUUAGAAAACGUGGAGAGGAAGAUGUUGAAAGUAAAUUUCUUGAUGAUGAGCCAGAUGAUGGAGCUCAACAUUAUGUUAUAAUUUAUGGUUUCCAUCAACCACAUUUAUUUACUCAUCUGAGUGAAGUUGGUAUUAAUGUAGACUGUAUAUUACGUAUCUCAUCACAAGAUUACUCCAUCUUUCAACAACCAUCAACAGAAAAUAAUCCUGAUGAAAAGGCAGCCAAUGCAGAGCUAAUUUUGAAAGAAGAGAGAAAACAAUUAAAGAAAGAAUUAAAGAAGUUUUGGAAAGAUAUUUUGCUGGUUUUACAGAAGAAUUCUGAUAAUUCUAAACUACAUGAUAUCGCUAUAUUAGAUUAUGAAAUAAAAACUAUUUUAUUUCCUAGUAAUAUAGAAGAUCCUGAACAAAAGCUGAAUUUCUGUACUACGCUAUUUGAAGAUGUAGCCUGUAAAAUAUAUGAUUUAAUAGAUUCAAGAAGACUGUAUCACACCUAUUUAGAGAAUUUAAAAUUAUCUCAUGUACCAGUAGUUGGUCAACCUCAUAUACAACAUAUAGAUGGACAGUCAACUGCUUCUGCUGCUACACCUGCACCUGGUGGUGCUGCACCUGUCAGUGCUACAGCAUUACCACCUGAUAGUGCCACUGAAGCACCAUCUGUUGAUAUGAGAUAUUAUAGUGAUUUGAUGAACUGUGUGCCACAAGAAAGUGCCAGUGUACCUUUGAUUUUACAUUGUAUGUUGGAACAGGUUGUUGCUACAGAAGAAAAUAAAGAGCCACCCAGUGAACAAGUACCACCACAACGUUCUGAUGGUUUAAAUCCACAACUUGCCUCAUAUCUCAGUUCUAUGGCUUUUAAACUAGCUCUAUCAGAGGAUGAACAUAAAUCAUUAGGAGAAACAAUGGAUUUACCAGAGAUCCCACCUAAUGCACCUCCUCAACCAUUAUUAAUGAACUAUCAUGAUGAAAAUACAGUACGAUGUCAUCACCUUAAACCACAGUAUUCUCUGGAUCCUAAACAAGUUGAAGAAGACAUGUUACAGUUUUCACCAUUUAGUGAAGUGGUAAAAUUAGAGAGACCAACCACACCUGUAGCUAAAGAAAGAGCAGCCAGAUUACAGGAACUCAUCCAUUUCUGUGCUAAUGAAAUGAUGACCCAAGCUGAAAUAGACAGAGCGUUUAAACAGUUUUUAUUUGAGUGUAUGGAUCUUACUACAACAGAUUCUAAUGGUUUUAUAAUGACAUUAGAAGGGGAAGGUCUGGAACAUUCUGCUAUACCCUGGGAUGAUCCUUAUCCAUUCUUUAAAGGAAUGAUACCACAUCAUGAAAAACAUCUUGAUAUACAAGUUCCUUCAGAGUCAUCUGCUUCUUCUUAUGAAGAAAAAAUAAAUAAUGAUAUGGUAGUACCAGAAACUAGGUCAUCAAGAGUUGGUUUUGUAGAUGAUAUAAUAGAUAAUGUAUCUCAGACUAAAUCUAGGCCUUCAUCCUCUGAUAGUAAGAAAGGAAUAUUAAAACCUAGGUCUAGAUCUCAGUCUCCUACUCAUGGUGGACGGUCUAGAAGUAACUCGGUUCACUUUAUGAAAGAGGAAGGUGAACCACUGCCAUUAAAUGCAGAUGAACUGAAAGAAUUUGAAGGAAUAAAAGAAGAAGAUAUAAAAGAAAAGACUAUAGAAGAUAGUAUGAUGGAAGUAGUGGACGCUCAGAAACGUAAUUUAGAUGAAUUCUGUAUUUCUGAAUAUUAUGAACCUAAUGUGUUACUGCAGGUUUUGAGAGAUGCAGCAUAUUAUCUGCCAUUUGUUAAUACCUAUUAUAAUAAAAGAGACCAUUCCUUGAUGUUAGUUCUACAUUCUCCACAUAAUUCAGAAUUACAGAGUCAUGUAGAUUGGCAUACUGAAUUACAUUCCAAUAUGGGAUUUAGGAAUUAUAUAGAAUAUGUACAAGAAUCUAUUGGUGAAUGGUUAAAAGAGAAACAAGCUGAAUAUGAUGCUAAAAUGUUAUCGAAAGAGGUUGAAAAACUUCAAUUUGAAGAUGAAGCAGCUGCUUUAUUAGCUGAAAAAAUGAAACAACCCGAUUCUCCUAAAAAAUCAUCUAGAGCUCGCACUAAGAGUCCAAAGACCUCAAGAAAUAGUAGUGUAGAGAAACUUGCUAGUGAAAAGAGUUCUCAGUUUAUCAGGGCAGGCUCCUUAAAAGCUCAGAAAGAAGAAGCUGAUAAAAUUAAAGCUGAGGAGGAAGAGAAAGAAAGACUGAGUCAAAUGAAGAGAUCUAAGAGCAGUCAGAAAAAGGAAGAGAAAGAAGAGAAGGAAAAGAAGAGACCUGGAUCUAGAGGAAGUGCUAAAUCCAAAACAUCUACGAAAGAAAUUGAACCUCAACAAGAAUCUAUUCCAUUAGAUUUACAUGAAGAAGAAAAAUAUUGGCCAUUUACAGGGUUUGAUGUAGGUAAUAAUCUAAUCCAUGUUUCUGGUAUAACGACAUCAUUAUUUCCAUCUGAUGGAGGACAAAUUAGAGUGGAACGAACAGAAUUUGUUCAAGGUACCACUAGCAUCAAUAGUACAGUACUAAAAGAUGGUCAUAUAUUCUCAGUACAUAUACUAGAACCAAAGGAAGAUGAGAUUAUCAGUGAAGAUGAAGAAGAAGAACAGCAACUUGACAAAGAUGAAGAAGAGGAAAAGAAAGAUUUACCUGAAAAAUGUGAGCAGGAGAAGUUUGAAAAAGAUGGUGCGGAAGGUAAAAAAGUCGUAAAGAGUUCGUUUGGUUCUGUGACUGCUACAUUAAAUGAUGGUAUGACUCUAGCUGUAUCUCAGUUUGGUUCUACAGGAGAGGUGCCAGAAGGUAAAAAAUAUGAACCUCAACCAUACAUGCCACCAGUAUCAAGUCCUACACCAGUAUCACAACCAGCUUCACCAGGUAAAGGUAAAAAAGGUGAAAAGACGAAAGAGAAAGGAGUUCCAACACCAGAACCCCCACAAAUACAGGCUGAAGAUGGUGACAAAGAAGAAGAUACAAAAGAUGAUCAAAAUUCAUCAAAUCAAAGCUUUCAACAACUAUUUCUAACUUGUCCUGACGGUCUACAUGUUAGAUAUUUCCUUGAGAGUUCUAUAGGUAUUAAAGCUGAUUCAGUAUUGGAUAGAAGACUACUAGUAAAACAAUCCUACCCAUAUAAAACUAAAGGUAUACAAGCUUGUGAAUCCAGAAGAAAGAAAUAUAUGUUAAGUGAACAAUCUCGUGUUAUAGCAUCUGAUGGUACUGUGGUUAAAACUAUGGUAGAUGGUACAGUUGAGGUAUUAUAUGCUGAUGGUACUAUUAGUAGUAGAGUUGGUAAAUGGCCAUUAGCAUCCAGUAGAAACAGUUCACCACAGAGAAAUACUAGUGGACGCAGUGAUUCACCUACUAAGAAAAAUGUAAGAUCUAAAGGAAGUAGUAAAAAUUUAUCAGCUAAGAAACAAGAAGAAGCUCCUGUUGAUGAAGAAGAAAAGAAAUGUCGAUGGAUAACAACUUAUCCUAAUGGUGAGAAGUAUUCAGUACGAACUGAUGGUACUGUUGAAGAUUUAAAACCAGUUAUGAUCUGUCUAGCUUCUGAUCCUGAAACAAGACAGUCAAUGGCAACCAGGGAUGAUAAAGUUGUAACAGUAAGUUAUCCUGAUGGUACUACAAUAGUAGAACAUAGUGAUGGUACACGUAUAACAACUUAUUACUGUGAGAGUGCUGUACCUUUAGAUGAUGAGGAUGAGACAGGUGAAACUCCCAUCUCUGAUGUAAGAACUACCAAAUUUGUGAAAGUUGAAUGUCCAGCCUAUGCUACUGUAGAGUUUAACUGUUCUACCAGUGAAAACCUGACCAUAUUUGGUAAUAACACUAGUGUGAAUGUGUUUCCUGAUGGUUUUUAUAUGAUACAACAUAUAGAUGGUGGACGUAUACAAGUUGAUACAGAGGGCACUGUUACAUAUUACGCUAGACUUGACAGACCUAAAGAUAAUUUACAAAGAGAAUUACAAUAUGUUUUACGUCAUAAUGCUGAUGUCAUUUGUGAAACUGUCGAUACUGAAGGCAAUAUUUUUAAUGUCAAACAUACUGGAGAUUUCUCUGUAGCUGAAAAGAAUCCAGCUAUAGCUGUUUGUAAAGAUCCUAUAACAGAGUGUCCUGGUGUUUUUGGUAUUAAUGUUUUAAAACCAUUCCUUGGUGGACCAUCUCAACAAUGGUUUAAAGAUUAUGAUUUGGAUUCUAUCAUACCUAAUGGUAUCAGAUCCAGAGAUUUGACUAAUUUACCUCCUAAAGAAUACAAGAAACCUGGACCUCCAUUUGGUACUAAUGUUGGUAAAGGUCUAGCUAUUGGCUCUACACAGAAGACGUCAAGACGUGUGGCCAUAUUGAAAUGUCCAGAUAUACUAGAGAUAAGACAAUUGGUACAGUACGAGCCUAUAACAGAUCCACUACGCAUCAAAUUAUGUAAUGGUUUACGUAGUUAUGCUGAAUAUGUAAUGGCCAGAAAUAAAGAAUCUGAAAUGAUGCAAGUUAAUGAUCCAAGGAGUAAAAAAGAACAGAUGCUAGCACAUGAUUUAAAUAAAAGUGUUGCUAGGCAGUUAGGGAGUGGAUGUGAAGAACUUCAAGAACAACCAUCAUAUGAUCCAACAACUGUUAAAGAAAUAUAUGAAAGUGCUACUACAGCUCCAGAACCUAGUCCACCACCAACACCAAUGCCUAAAAGAAAAGCUUCAGACUGGGAAAGAGAUCAAAAAGAAAUUGCUUUAGAACUUGAAGGAAGAGCUAUGUUAAGAAAUAAAACUAUCCCAAAAUACUUUGAUAGUGAAUUGGGAAUGGCAUUUUUUCAGUUACAAUCUAAAGGUAGAGAAGAAGUUAAAGUUGAGAAUGAAGAAAAUAAGAGUGAUGGUACUGAAGUAGUUAAUGGAGAUAAUAAUAGUAUUAAUAGAACACCACCAACUCCAAGUACUGGUUUACCAACACAAUCUCAAGCUGUUGUUGUAUCUGAAAAUAGUGAUCAGUCUGUGACAUCAGUAUCUCCAGGUGUUAAUGGUGUUAGUCAAGGAAGUCUUAAACUGGAAACACCAAUAUCUGCAUAUACAGCUGGUACUUUAGAUACUAAUGCAACACCAUCUGGUGUUCGACCUUUGAACCCAACUCCAGCUCAUGCUACUGGACAGGGUUCACCAGCACCGGUACGACCUGAAAAUCCAACACCAAAUAAAGUAGGAAAAUCAGCUCCCUACAGACCAGGAAAUCCCACGCCAAAACGAGCAGGUGGUAUUACCUCAACACCUUCUGAUGGAGAUCAGACAUCUAUUAGAAAAAGUGUGACAAUAAAAGAAGAGGAAGAUGAUGAUACAAUUCUGUCCACAUCUAAUGGACCUUCAAGAGAAAGUGAUAAAUUCACUAAAAGUUUAAGGUUAACUGUUACUGGGGAUCCGAGAUCUGACUCUGUUUCAUUACCAGAAUCUAUCAUGGGUGCUAGACCAAAUGCUGAAAAGAAUAUUAAGUUUUUAGAAAUUGAAGAACCAGUAAGACGUAAAGUAAAGAAUACAAUGAUAACAGGAGCUACUGAGAAAGGUAGAGCUGAGUUAGAAGAUAUGAGAGGAUUGAAUAUUCUACCUGAUAAAGUGAAUUUUGGUGUAUUAAGAGAAGGGUAUACAUACUCUUACAGUGUGUAUUUAAAGAAUACUGGUGUUGAUACAUGUAGAUAUAAAAUAAAACAACCACCACCUGCUACUGGAUUAAAGGUUAUCUAUAAACCAGGACCUGUAGCUGCUGGUAUGAGAGCAGAAUUAAGAUUAGAAUUAUUUGCUAUAGCUGUUGGUGUAGAGGGAGAAUCAGGUGUUGGUGGAAUAGAACAUAAUUUACAGAUUACUACAGAAACUGAUAAAUUAUAUCUACCUGUUAGAGCUACCAUCCUAACAGCUCAAGAAUAUGAACAGAGAAUUUCCCAGAACAGAGGUUAUCAGAGAACAGCAGGAACAUCAUUGAUUUCUACCAGACCACCAAGUUCUACUGGUAUUAUUAGAACAAGAAAGGACAAUCUCCCUUUAGGUAUAACAGCCUAAAUGAUAAAGAAGAUAAAUGAGAAUUUUAAGAUUAUAUACUGUAUUUUAUUUCAUGUACAUUGUUGAUAUUUUAUUUAUUAUAUACAAUAACCUGUAUUGAUUUAAAUAACUAACUGUGAUAAAGUAAUUAUAGAAUUU